AUGGUUACAAUCACAAUAAGAUCAAGAGUCGACACAAACUUUGAACUGCAAAUUGAAGCCUACGUGUUGAAAAAUAUUACGUCAUGUCUGCCUGAAAGGAAAUUAGAGCCAUUUGAUUGGAUAGAAAUAAAUGGUUUAUAUUUGGCAGAUCCGGAGUUCAACAUUCCGAACAAAAUUGAUAUGUUGUUUGGAGCCAAUGUGUACAGCCACAUACUAAAAGAAGGCAUGAAGAGGAGUCCAAACGGAAACUUUAUUGCUCAAAGUACGAAGCUCGGAUGGAUAAUAUCAGGCACUGUCAAUGAGAGGUCAAGCGAAGAUAAAGAAAAUUCGAACGUUAUUUCAGUAUUGCAUACUAGAGCAGAAGAAGACAUUUUAAAGAAAUUUUGGGAAUUAGAGGAACAAUUACCAAGAUCAACAUGGUCAGAAGAAGAACAAGCCUGUGAAGAGAUUUUCAAAAGGACAACAAAUAGAACACCGGAAGGGCGAUAUAUUGUAAAUUUACCCUUCCGAGAAGAUUUUGCCCAAUGUCAAAACAAUGGAUCAUUGGAGAUAGCAAUAGCUAAGUUCAAAUCAUUGGAAAAAAGACUCUCGAAAGACUUGGAACUCAAGGCCAGUUAUAAGGAAAUGAUUAACGAAUAUUUACAACUAGGGCACAUGCGAACAGUUGAAGAAAAGGACGAAAAGGCACACGAAGCAGUAUAUUUACCCCAUCAUGCUGUUGUACGAAUGGAUAAAUCAACCUCAAAGGUUCGAGUAGUAUUUAAUGCUUCCAGCAAGAAUAAGCGAGGGGUUUCAUUAAACGAUUGUUUAAUGGUAGGUCCUAAAUUGCAGCCAGAUUUAAGACAUUUAGUUUUUCGAUGGAGAAUCUAUCCAAUUGUUAUGGUGGCGGACAUUGUCAAAAUGUAUCGUCAAGUUCGGAUAGCAGAACAAGAUGCUAAAUUUCAACGCAUUGUGUGGCGCGAUAAUCCUGAAGAUAAAAUUAAGGAAUUUGAAUUAAUGACAGUCACAUUUGGUACCGCUUCAGCACCUUACUUAGCGGUUAGGGCAUUAAAACAAUUAAGUGAUGAUGAAGCAAAGGAUUACCCAAUAGCCGCGCCACAAGUAAAGAAUCAUUCUACAUGGAUGACUUAA